GACACCCGCUCACUCAUUUAUGCGACCGUCCCCAUACUACUUCUGUCUCCUUUGUCCGAGGAACAGAGCCUCCACACACACACUCUCUCCCUCUCUCCAUCCUCCCUCAAAAGUGCAGCCUUCAGACUUGGUCUCUCUCUCUCCUCCCUCAAAGUGCAGGGCAUCUCAGAUCCGGCAAAACAUUUCUAAACCCGCUGGCUCUGCGAUCAGAGGAGCCAGGAAAUGCAUCUGUUUUCGUUGAUUUUUGGGGAUCAGGGAGGUCUUUGCGAGGGUAGAGUUGAGAUAUUUGAAGCUUAGAUUUAUAAUUUUGAAGAGAUUUGUCAAUGCAUCUUCGUUGUUGAUUCCUUGGCGAAGAUUGCGCUGGUGUCGAGUUUGUCUGGCCUUUUACUCGUGCUAUCGGUUUGCUUGAUUUGCUGGUUGCUUGGAGAUUUAAAUGGCCAUCACUGACAUUCGAAGUCAGCUACUAGGUGAAACCACCUGUGGUUCAUUACUUCAGCAACUGCAGCAAAUCUGGGAUGAGGUUGGUGAGAGUGAUGAAGAACGUGAUAAAAUGCUGUUUAAAAUAGAUCAGGAGUGCUUGGAUGUCUACAAGAGGAAAGUGGAUCAGGCCUCAAAGUCAAGGGCUCAGCUUCUUCAGACCUUGGCUGAUUCAAAAGUAGAGUAUGCUAGGCUUCUUUCAGCACUUGGAGAAAUAACUUGUGUUGGCAUUCCCGAGAAGUCAACUGGAACAAUUAAGGAACAAUUAGCGGCCAUUGCACCAGCGUUGGAACAAUUAUGCAAGCAGAAAGAAGAUAGGGUGAAGGAAUUUGCUGAUGUACAAUUACAGAUUCAAACUACGUGUGCAGAAAUAGGUGGUACUCUCAGAGUAGGCGAAAAAGUGGGGAUGCCAGUGGUUGAUGAGAAUGAUUUAUCACUGAGAAAACUGGAUGAGUUUCAAUAUCAUUUACAGGAACUUCAAAAAGAAAAGAGUGAUAGAUUGCAUAAGGUUCUUGACUUUGUAAGUUCUGUGCAUGAUCUUUGUGCUGUCUUGGGAAUGGAUUUCUUUAGCACUAUAACUGAAGUGCAUCCCACUCUGGAGGAUUCUAUUGGCGUGCAAUCUAAGAGUAUAAGCAAUGAUACUUUAUCAAAUCUUGCUAAGACUGUUGCAGCCCUUGAAGAAGAUAAGAAACAAAGAUUGCAGAAGCUGCAAGACCUAGCAACUCAACUAUUUGAUCUUUGGAAUCUAAUGGACACUUCAGCUGAAGAACGGAGUCUUUUUGAUCAUGUCACUUGUAAUAUCUCUGCUACUGUAGAUGAAGUCACUGUUCCUGGAGCUCUUGCCCUUGACCUGAUUGAACAGGCUGAAGUUGAAGUUGAAAGGUUAGACCAGUUGAAGGCCAGCAAGAUGAAGGAAAUAGCUCUCAAGAAACAAAGAGAACUGGAAGACAUAUUCGCUCUUGCACACAUCGAAAUAGAUUCGGAUGCUGCACAGGAGAAGAUAAUGGCUCUUAUUGAUUCGGCAAAUAUUGAGCCCUCUGAGUUGCUAGCAGACAUGGAUAAUCAGAUAUCUAAAGCCAAAGAAGAGGCACUGAGCAGAAAGGAAAUAUUGGAUAAGGUUGACAAAUGGAUGUCAGCUUGUGAGGAAGAGAGCUGGCUUGAAGACUACAAUAGGGAUGAGAAUAGAUAUAAUUCAAGCAGAGGUGCGCAUUUGAACCUCAAACGUGCAGAAAAAGCUCGCAUAUUAGUCAACAAAAUUCCAGCUCUUGUUGAUACACUAGUUGCCAAAACUCGGGCUUGGGAAGACAGCCGUGGAAUGUCAUUCACUUAUGAUGGUGUUCCUCUUCUCGCCAUGCUCGAUGAAUAUGCUCUACUCAGGCAAGAAAGAGAUGAAGAGAAACGAAGAUUGAGGGACCAGAAGAAAUUCCAAGAGCAGUACAGUACAGAUCAUCAAGAGUCUGCUUUUGGAUCCAGAAUCAGUCCUGGUCGAAUCUCUGGUUCGAAGAAGGCCAUCACGCCUCGUUCCAAUGGCGGUGCUUCGAAUGGGGCUCCGAAUUUGAGUCGAAGGCUUUCGUUGAAUCAGGGAGUCAACAGCAAUGGUGUGAGAUCUGGAAGCAAGGAUGGUAGAAGGGAGAGUGCUCGGCCUUCGGCUCCGGUGAACUAUGUGGCUAUCUCCAAAGAGGAUGCAGCUUCUCUUGUUUCUAGUAGUGAUCCGCCUGUUUCACCAUGACCUUUUUUUUUCCCUUGUAGAAUGCGUGAUGCUGAGUUAUUUUAUGUAUGGAUAAGGUGUGUUAUUAGUGGAGUCUUAGAGACUAGGCUGAGGUAUUUUAUUGAUUCGUCUGGAGUAGUGUGUUUAAUCUGACGAACUGUACUGAUAAAGUAGCUUUGAGUGUUUACCCUGUCUCAUAUUUAUACAUAAGCAGUUGUGAUUAUUGUUCCAGGUGGAA